UGCAGAAGUGUACAGGACGCACAUGGCUGUAGUCCCUGAUGUGCUCUGAACAGCUACAAUGAAGAAUCAUCAAAAAACAAUGAAUAUCAAAAUUCUCUAUUGUGCUAAUGGUGUCCAGGGACCUUAUGUGCAGAUUAUCACUGUAGAAGAAGCAAAGCGUCGGAAAAGUACGUGCAGUUAUGAAGAUAAUGAUGAUCAGGCUCCUGAGGAAUUUCUACCUGAUUUAAAGCAGAAAAGCCAUCUGCUGGAUGAAAUACAUAUUGAAAAGCUGGCCCAACGUCUUCCUGCCAGAGUUCAGGGAUAUCCUUGGCAUCUGGUGUACAGCACACAGCUGCAUGGAACCAGCCUGAAGACUUUGUACAGGAACCUUGUUUCUUUGGACAGCCCAGUGCUUCUGAUAGAAGAUAUGGAUAACCAGGUUUUUGGAGCCUAUGCAACACAUCCAUUCAGACUCUGCGAUCAUUACUAUGGCACAGGCGAGACGUUUCUCUUCACAUUUAGUCCUGAUUUCAAGGCAUUCAAGUGGAGUGGAGACAAUUCGUAUUUUAUUAAUGGAGACAUUGCUUCUCUGGCACUGGGAGGUGGAGGGGGAGGGUUUGGCUUAUGGCUCGAUUCGGAUUUAUAUCACGGACGGAGUAAUCCUUGCAGCACAUUCAACAAUAACGUCCUAUCCAAGAAAGAAGACUUUAUUGUACAGGACAUUGAAGUGUGGACCUUUGAAUAAA